UUAUUUUGAGAAAAUUUAUUGAAAAUUUUAAUAAUCCUAAAUCAAAUACUCCAGUACGGCUAUAUCUCUUUGAUAAGCCUUUACUUUUCUUUUAUAAUUGACUGAAAUUUAAAAAAAAAUUAAUUAAUUAUUUAAUUUUGCUCUUCAGUAACGUUUGAAAAUGGCUUUGCCCCGUGUGAUUAACGGGAUGUUACGCACCAAAGCUAUAUAUUCAGUGUCUAGCAGAAGUGUGGUAUCACAUGAACCCUGGAAGCCCGGUCCAUAUCCAAAAACUGAAGCAGAACGACUUGCUGCUGCAAAGAAGUAUGGCCUGCUACCAGAAGAGUAUGCACCCCACCCAGAUGAUGGUUUAGGUUUUGGUGACUACCCAAAGUUACCAGACAUUGGCCAGGAUUCUAAAAGUGAAUAUUAUCCAUGGGACUGCCCCGAACAUAAUAGAAACUUUGGUGAGAUAUUACACGUUCAUGCUGACAUGUGGGGUUCCGAUAAAGGUGACCCAAAUUAUAGAGAAAAAUCUAGAUUUCCUGAUUGGCAGAGAGUGUUGUCAUUGUUCGCUGCAGUUUUUGGAAUAAGUGGAUUGAUGCUUUCUGGGGAUUAUUUGUGUAAACGAUAUAGACCAUUUAUGCCUAAACAAUGGCCUCAAGAAAAUGUUAAAUAUUAUACUUAUUCAGAUAAAUAUUUCUGAAUAUUGAUUACAGUAAAGUUAUUUCUGUGUAGUAGCUGGCUCUUAAAAUCAAUUUUUAAGUUUGUUAUACAGUAAAAUGUUGAAUAAAAUAUGUAUGAAAUCAAAUUUUAGUGUAAUAAUCAAUAAACUUCAACCACCCAUUCAAUUGAUAGAAUUUAAUAACUGUAUAUUCAAAGGAAUUCAUAAAUAUUAUCUAUUUAUUAUGAACAGUGAACUGUGAUUGUAUUUAUAAUAAUAAACUAAAAAACAUUUGUUA